AUGCCGAAACACUCUCGAGCUUCGAGCUCAUCUCAGAACCGCUACAAUGCCGGUAUCCCAGUCUCUCUCGCCCCCUCUCCUAUGUACAACCAGCAGCGCAUGACCAUGCCCAACUACUACGGCAUGGAAACAACUGCCUCUUCUUCUAUGCCUCUUCAGUCACAACCUCAACAACCUACAUACGAACCCUACGCUACAACAUCCGCGCCACCUGUCUCUGUCCCUGCCCCUGUUCAGACUAGACCCAGCUCGGGUGCUUGGGGAGCUGCAGAUGACCAGCAACUCCUCACUGCGAGGAUGCAAGGUCUGAACUGGCAACAGAUCCAAUCGAAUUACUUUCCCUCCAAGACUCCCAAUGCCUGCCGCAAGCGUCAUGAGCGAUUGUUGGAACGCAAGGGUGCUGAUGAUUGGGACAAUCUCAAGCUUCAGCGUCUGGCGAAAGAGUAUAUGGCUAUGAGAAAGGAGAUCUGGAGUGGUCUCGCAGCUCGAACAGGCGAGAAGUGGAACGUAGUCGAAGCCAAGUGCAUGUCGAAUGGCCUCAAGAAUCUGCAAAGCGCAGCCCGCGCCGCAGCCCGCCGCGACCGUCUCGAGUCCGGCGCUCUCUCAGGGUAUGACGACGACAGCGGCAUCUCCGGCAUGGGCCUGACACCGGUUGACGAACUAGACGCAUCCUAUAGCAGCCCCGAGACCACCGCCUCGUCCGUCGUGGCCUCGGCCAACACGUCCUUCCAGCAGCUCCAGCCUCACCACAUGGCCGCUGCCGUCCAGUACAGCCUCGGAGCCUAUGCGCCAGGCUACGGCGGCCACGGCUACUCCUCGAGCGUGAGCUCCCAGGCGAGUGCGGGCCAUCCCUACGGCCAUCAUGGUCACAGCCAGGGGAACAGCCCGCAAUACAUGACGCAGCGACCACAGAGUUCGGAUAUGGGCAUUGGGAAUCUUAUUAACCGUCCAGGAAGAGGUGUUUAAACCUCACCCCUUCUCUCUUUUACACGCUUGUUUCACGACUUUUCAACAAAGCCUCAUCGGAGGCUCUACCCACCCUCGCCGUCCAUUCUUUUUGUCAAUCCUUAUAAUCCAGCAUACUGCAUGGCGAGCAGCAGGGGGCUCUCACGGUGUUUGGCGCUUUCAAGGCAGUUAUAACGACGAUAACGCAGGAUAUUUUUCUCUAUGGGCGUUUACUUGCUUAAUGUUUUUAUUAGUAUUCUUUCUUUGUCUGUGUUUGUCAAAAUGGUGGUCAGGAGGAGUGGGAAUGAUCAUGGCACAUUUCCUUUGUAUAACUAGAGAUAGAGAUACCACGACAUGAGGUGCAUGAGGAUCUAGCAGCG